AUGGCGAUUGGAACUGGGACUGCACCUGCGCUCUGCUCCUUGCUGCCACACCUGGGGCUCUUCCUGGGCCUGGCUCUGUGCUUUUCCCCCGCUGCCAAUGAUAAUGGGUCCUGCGUGGUCUUUGAUAAAGUCUACAGCUCUGACAACGUGAGAAUCAACACUACGGCUGAGGUCUCUGGUGGGAAUACAAUCUAUACAAUGACAGUCCCCGUGAACGAGUCAGUCGGUGCUGGGGAGAACAACAACCCAGAGGGCACCUGGGGUGGAGCCUAUCAGAAGUGCAGCGACAGCAGUGCCUAUGACUGGACAUCCCUAAGCAACCCGGCCUUCCGGACAACCUGGACAGCUCCUAAUUCUGAGGAUGUGACUAAAGUCAAUCUGCAGGUCUUCAUUGUCAUUAAUCGCAUGACAGCUACAGAGUCAUCUGUGAGACUGGAACAAAUAAAAUCCUCGAUCUUGACCCCAACUCCUGAGAGUUUUGAGACCAGCCGGACCACAACCAUGACUACAGCCAUGACUACAGCCAAGACCACAGCCGUAACCAUAGCCGUGACCACAGCCACAAGCCUGGCCAUCUGUACUCUCUGCAGCCCCCUGGCAGGCGCUGUUUUUCUCAUUAGUAAACUCCUCUUCUAA